UCUAUAAAUUCAUGAAGAGGCCCUGGGGGAGGUGAUCUCUCUCAUUCUCUCUGUCUGGAAGUUCUAUUUUGCAGCCAUCCCUGUUAUUUCGACAUUCAGAGCGGCACGAAGACCGACUUCACGAUAUUCCUACAGGGAUUGUCUUAGCUUCUACCCAUAAUAUUGCAGCAAAAUCUAUAAGUUCGUGGGCUUGCGGUUAUAAACUUGAUCAUGCCAUGAGCUAUUGAGCCUUGUUGCACACGUAAUCUUAUUUGUUGAAUCGCAUCUUAUAGGACAAGAAGUAAGAGGACAUAUGCAGGAACAAAUGGGAUUGAUGCAUUCUUGGGGGGGUGAAGAAAUUAAGAUGUCUUAUGGGUUUAAAAGAAGGUGGAAAUAUUGGCGUUUGCAGCUGCACCAACUUCGCCUCUAACCAGCAGCAGUUCCAUCCGUAGCUUAAGGGUCAAAUGGGUCACAUCGCAGGACGUCUCUUCCUUAAGGGUUGGGGGAGACAAGCCAAACAGACCAUUGGAAAUUUAAGGAAAAUUAAACAUAGAAGAAGAAUCAUUCAUCAUCAGAAGAUGGGAAGGUCUCCUUGCUGUGAUGAGACUGGCCUCAAGAAAGGUCCCUGGACUCCUGAAGAAGAUCAGAAACUCAUCAACUACAUCCAGAAAAAUGGUCAUGGAAGCUGGAGAGCUCUCCCUAAAUUAGCAGGGCUCAACAGAUGUGGGAAGAGUUGCAGAUUGAGGUGGACCAACUACUUGAGGCCUGACAUAAAGAGAGGAAAGUUUUCUCAGGAAGAAGAACAAACAAUCCUCAAUCUCCAUUCCAUUCUUGGCAACAAAUGGUCCGCCAUUGCCACCCACCUCCCUGGACGAACCGACAACGAAAUCAAGAAUUUCUGGAACACCCACCUGAAGAAGAAGCUUAUACAGAUGGGUUUCGACCCAAUGACUCACCGUCCUCGAACCGACAUCUUCUCGAGCCUCCCUCAUCUCAUAGCCCUGGCCAAUCUCAAAGAGCUCAUGGAACACCAAUCCUGGGAAGAACAAGCCGCCAGAUUACAGACCGAAGCCGCUCAGUUGGCCGGGCUCCAGUACCUCCAGUGUCUCCUCCAAGCUCCGGUGAGCUCCAUGGCGAAUUUCUCAAACAACAUGAACCCUACAGCCACAGACAUGGAAACCUACAAUCUCCUCAGCUCACUCUCUUCCAUCAAAGACAUCCCACCCAUGAAGACAACCCAAUUCGGAAGCCAAAACCCGGCUUCUCUAGAAGCUUCCGCUCUCCAGAGGAUAGAUGAUUCCCUCCCGUUCUCUCACAUGCCGGAUUUACAGCCGCCUUGCAGCUUUCAAACUCCCCUAAACAAGAGCAUGGUCCAAGCUUCUGAUUUCCCUGUUCUGGGCCAGGGACAAAACUCGCCGCAGGCAGCGCUGCCGAUGACGGAGGCUUCGAUCAACAACACGGCCGACGCCUGCAGUUCUUCCAGCUAUGAAGGAGGUCCCACGCCGUUUUGGCCGGAAGAUCUUCUGGACGUCUCCUUGUUUCAUGAGAUCGCUUAGUUUAUUAGACUGUGUGUGAAAGGUUUGGAUUUGCACUACCUUAAUUUUCUCAUCUCUUUCUAAUUUUUCUUCGUAUACAGACUGUUACUCUAUAACUACCCAGUCUCUCUCUCUCUCUCUCUCUCUCUCUCUCUAUAUAUAUAUAUAUAUAUACAGAAUAUAUAUAGUUUCGGAAUGCAUUCACCAUAUUGUACAAAUUAAGCUAUAUAUAUAUAUACUUCUAGAUGUUUCUGAUAUGUAUUUCAUACUCGGGAAAGACCAAUUCUUGCAUGCUAUAUAUAUAUUUGUCAUGACCUUUUCUUCUUUCCA